AUGACUUGUACAAUAAAAUCUUUUGAAUGUGAAAAUAAUAAUUUAAAACGAAUAAAUAAUUAUUCAUAUGAAUCUUCAUUAAAUUCAUUUAUUGAUAAUCAUUUUUGGAAACGAUCUUCUUCUAUAUUAAGUAAUGGUAUUAUAAUAAAAAAUAUAAUUCUUCGUCGAAAUCAUCCAAAUGAAAGAUUAGGUAUAACUCUUUGUUAUGGUAUAACAUCUAAAUCAACAACUAAUAUUUAUAUUCAACAAGUUGAUAAAGAGAGUAUCGCCGGUCAUCAAGGUGAACUUCAUAGCGGUGAUCAAAUUAUAAAAAUAAACAAUCAUCGUGUUACAAGUCGAGACGAAGCAAUUAAUCUUGUCAAUGGUGCUUGUCGUAUACAUUUACAAAUAGUUCGAUUUGAAUUUCCAAACGAAAAUUUUCCAACAAUUCAAUCAACACCAUUAACUGAAGAUGAUAGUGGUGUUACUCUUGCUUGUAAUACUGAUUUUGAAACAACAAAUGAUUGGAUAUAUCAAAAAUCUUCAAAUGAAUGUAAUAAUCUAAUAAAAAGUUGUGUUAGUUUAUCUUCAUCUGCAUUAAAUUAUUGUUCUAAUUGUCGUCGUAAUCAAUUUUAUUCUCGUCAAUUUCAAUAUCGUCGUUGUUUAUCAUUAAAUGAUCUUAGAAGGCCAUGUUCAUUUCUUACACAAAGUAUUGAUCAUACGAAACAUUUAAUUCGUUCUCAAAGUCUUUUUGGAAUGACAACAGAUAAUGAACAAGUAAUUGUUAAACCACUUCCAUUUCAUCAUCAACAACAAACUUUAAUCGAAAAUCGAGAUGAUAGUGAUAGUGGUUUAGUAUGUGGUCGAUCUCGAUCAAAUGAUUCUCAUCGUUCUCGACAUAAUCAACAUCAAUCAACAUUAAAAUAUUCUCGACGUCGUUAUCGUGAACAAUAUUUAAAAGAACAAUAUCAAACAACAGAUGAUGAACCUAUGAGUGAAUUAAAACAAGGUCGAUAUUGGACAAGACAACAACGAAAAGAACAUUUAGUAAAAUCAAGACAAUAUCGACAACGAGCAAAAUAUUUUCAACAAUCAUCAAUAAAUCCAUGUUCAGAUUCUACAACAGAAGAUUUUAAUUUAUUAAAUAGAAUUUUUCUUCGAGAAAAUCAACAAGAAUUAAAACAAAAACCUCAUUUAGCAUAUAAAUAUGGUCAACAAUCAACAAUUGAACGAGAUAGAUUAAAACGAUUAAUUCAACAAAAUUAUUUUAAUAGAAUUCGAUCACAAUCAACAACAACUGUAUCAAUUUCUAGUACUAUUGAUCAAUCUUCGAUAGUUAUUCUUUGA